AUGUUGAUUGAACGAUUAAUUAUUUAAGAAAAGGAUUGAAACCCAUAAAAGCUAUAUUACGAUAUAAUGACCAAAGGAAUUUUAAGAAAUAAACUGGAAGUAGAAGUACACCAAGAUGUAACAUCUGAUGCAUUGGAUCGUCAAGAAGUUAUCCGUAACACAAGGCUCAAUGCACACUUGACCUCUGAACACACCAAGGGGGACAUAUUAAGGGCAAAACUUGCUGAGCAAAAGGCACACGAGGCCGAAGAAAAUAAAGAAAUCAAACCUAGUGAGAAUGCAAAUGAACAUUUGAAAUGGGAUGAAUUGAACUUAUACAAAACUGAACAAGAAAAGUGUGCCACUAUGAAGAUUGAUGAACCAAAGACUCCAUAUGAAGGUGGAUUCAACCCCGAGGGUGAAUAUUAUAAAGAAGAUGAAGAUAUUCCCGGGUUUGAGUUAGGUGAAGGAGAAUUCAAUGGCGAUUCGAACAAGAUUGAAUCUUUGAAUGGAGGAGAAAUUAUUAGAAAUGAAGAAGAAGGAGAAGAAGAAGAGGACCAAGAACCGGAAGAACCGGAAGAAACACAAGAAGAAAGACACAAGAGAUUUGAAGAAAUGAGAAAGAAACAUUAUCAUUUGAAAGGAAAUGCUUUAAAACAUGGAAUCCAAAUUUCUGAUGAUGAAGAGGAAUAAAAUUGAAUUAAACGUAUUUGUAUUUAAUAGUUAAUAAAGAAUCGAGAACGAGAUUAAAUGU